AUGGCACACGCACAUCACCACUACGACCACGCGCCCCGCGCCCGACGCUCUUUCUACGACGACAGCAGCUCCGACUUUGACGACACGCGCUCCGUCGCGUCCUCCACGCGCGAGUCCUUCAUGGACCUCACCUCGCCCUCGACGCCCCACUUCAGCCGCCACGACCGCCUGCAGCCACAGCAUGCCCCCGACUCCGACGCCGACGACGUGUACUACGGCGGCCUGAGCGUGCGCGCGAGCUCGGACACGACGUACUCCGACGAUUCCCCCGUCGUGCUCUCGCCGAUGCGCUUCUCGCGUCCCGAGCGCAUCGGCCCCGUCAACGCGGACGCGGACUCGGACGGAGACACGGAGACGGAGGGCGAGGCGGACCCACGCCCCGCCCACGCCCACAACCACGCCCCCGCGCCGCGCGGUGGCACGCGGGCGCACAUACGAGUAGACACUGGCCACGAUAAAGCAGUGCGUCCCCGCAUCUCCUUUAUCUCUCUUAGCGCCCAACUGACAGGACCUUUCAACUCAUCGUGGCUGUGCAUGACCGGCGGACAGCAGGCGCGCCGCGGGCCAAAGCCACCGCUGCCGGAGGCCCCGAAGCCCCUGUUCCACGGACGCGGGCCAACGUCGACGUCGACGUCCGCGACGAAGCGGUCCCCGAGCACGCCCGGGGGCGGGUGCGGGACACCGGCGCUGUCGCUAUCCGUCGCGAGCUCGCCCGCGGCUUCGGCGUCGGCGUCGCCGGUGCGCUCGCCGGACGUGCCGCCGACGACGAACCUGCUGAACCGGCAGGAGCGGGCGGAGCUGGUGCGCAAGACGCGGAAGCUGGCGCAGAUGUUUGGGCAGACGCCGUCUGGGCUGGCGAUGGCGAUGGCGGGCGGAGGGGUGGGCUCGCCGCGGCAGGGGUCGCCGCCUGCACGGCUGGUGCUGCCGGGGCACGGGCACCGGGGCGCGGUGUCGAUAUCGGGAGGCGAGGGGGAGGUGGUCGGGGUGGGCGGACAGAGCAGCAGCAGCAGGGAGAGCCGGCGGCGGUCGAUGCCACUGAGCCCGAGCGAGAUGAGCACGGUGCUGUCGGACCGGAGAUCGGGGGUGGUCGGGGGCAGCGGUAGACAGACGGACGCGGAGUCGUUCAUGGACCUGUCAGACGAGGAGCGGGGGACUGCGGGGGCGAGGGACGGGCGGACCUCGCGGGUGCACGGGCGCCUGUCCGUGCUCUCCACGGCAACGACGACGAGCGGGGACGGACUGGACGAUAUGGCCUCCCUCGUGCUCGAUCCGGCGGAGGAGGAGCGCAGGCGCAAGCGUGAGAAACUCGCCAAGCUCCAUCGCUUCCUCGGCUCGCGUGUCCCCGCUUCUCUUGUCCUCGGCUUCAACGACGCUGAUCCCGACGCAUCCCUCCCCGCCCCCCAGACCCCGCUCCCCGCCCCCGCAAUCCCCGCCGACGGCCCCUCGGACACCGACGCCCGUGCGUGGCCCCGCCUCCGCCGACGCAGCAGCUCCGCGGCAGAGAUGAAGAGCGUAUGGCUCGACCCCGCCGACAGAGUCAAGGAGGACCUCGACGACCGCGAGAAGGCCAUCAACGUCCGCAGGGCCAUCAAAAUGGAAAAGAUGUUCGGCGUCCCGCCCCCGCAGACCCUCUACCACACCCGUCACUCCCCGGCCGUCACGCCGCACUCCCCCACCUCCUCCGCCCGCUUCAGCGUCGCCUCCGACCUGCCCUCCCCGUCCCUCGGCGACGUCCCCGCGUCCCCCACCGGCCGCAACAUAAACCAGAGCGCCUACGUCAACAAGGGCAAGGGCCGCAGGUCCUCUCACCGCCCAGGCCACUCCAGCCCGUCAGAGUCCAUGCAGAACCUCCUCAUCCACAACGCAGACUACACCCUCUCCGGCUCCCCGUCGUCCCCCUCCGCGUCCCUCUCCCUCGACCACCGCGCGUCGUCCAUCUACAUGCACUACCGCCAUUCCCUCAACUCCCUUAAUGACAUCAUCGAUAGGGACGACAAGGAGUCCCUGGCCGAGCUCCACCAAUAUAUCACCAACGACCUCGCCUCCCUGGACCCCCCUACCUCCCCACCCCACAACGCCUUGGAGCACCCGUACCAGCACCCGUACCAGCAUCCGCACCCGCACCCGCACCAGUCCCCGCAACCCCACCAGCACCCGUACACGCACGCGCUCGCGCAGUCCGAGGCCAAGGCCCUCCGCGCCGAGCGCCGCCGCUCGCUCCCCGUCCGCACCUCCACGCUCUCCCUCGCGUCGCAGUACACCCUCGCGUCCCCCGAGCCCGAGAUGGUCUCCUUCCAGGCCCGCCGCCGCCGCGCGGCGAAGCUCACCAGCUUCUUCGGCGUCGACUACCGCGACCUCGUCGGCGAGAUCCUCGACAGCAUCGAGCAUGGGCUCCAGGAGGACGGCAGCCGCGGCAGUCUGCAGCCGGAGGAGAUGCAGGAGCUGCUCCAGAGACUGCGCAAGCUCAAGACGAAGCGCCCAGGAUUGGUCUAG